AUGUCUGCUCCUGCUUCCGUAUUGGCCCGUGAACGUAACAGUAAGAGGGGGCCCAACCUGAAUAUAGUGCUGACCUGUCCUGAAUGCAAAGUGUAUCCGCCAAAAGUCGCAGAAAGAUUCAGUGAAGGAGAUAUCGUCUGUGCAUUGUGUGGGCUGGUCUUGUCAGAUAAGUUGGUCGAUACACGUUCUGAAUGGCGUACAUUUUCCAAUGACGACCAAAAUGGUGAUGAUCCUAGUCGUGUUGGUGAAGCAUCGAAUCCUUUAUUGGACGGGAACAGCUUGUCGACUAGGAUUGGGCAAGGUGAAGGAGGUGAUCUGCGGGCCACUAGAGAUUUGAACAGAGCACAGGGGAAGAAUGUGAUGGACAAGAAGGAUAACGAACUACAAGGUGUCUUUGCAAAGAUUACUAUGCUUUGUGAUGCAGCCGAGUUGCCGAAGAUUGUCAAGGAUUGUGCUAAAGAAGCGUAUAAACUUUGUCAUGAUGAAAAAGCACUUAAAGGUAAAUCCACAGAGAGUAUUAUGGCAGCAGCUAUCUUUGUUGGUUGUCGACGUGCUGACGUGGCUAGAACAUUUAAGGAAAUCCAGUCUAUUAUUCACGUUAAGACUAAGGAGUUCUUCAAGACGUUGAGCAUAAUGAAGGGAAUCUUGAGAGAGAAGAGCGCUGAUGGGUUUAUUAAGAUUGACACGGAUAAUAUGAGUGGUGCGCAGAACUUGACAUAUAUUCCAAGAUUCUGCUCUCACUUGGGUCUUCCUAUGCAAUUAACAACAGCUGCCGAGUAUACCGCUAAGAAGUGUAAGGAAAUUGAAGAAAUUGCAGGUAAGUCACCAAUUACCAUUGCUGUGGUUUCGAUUUAUUUAAACAUUUUGCUUUUCAAACUCCCAGUUACUGCAGCUAAGGUAGGUAAAAUUCUACAGGUUACCGAAGGUACAAUCAAAUCGGGUUAUAAGAUUCUCUAUGAACACAGAGAAAAGAUUAUCGACCCUCAACUGAUAGCUACUGGAGCCGUGUCGCUCGAUAACUUACCACAGGUUGAUAAGGAUAGAUCAAAAACUGACAAGAAGAAAAAGUAA